UUCACCUAUCAUCGCCUCCCAAAAUCGCCGCCUACGGCCACCGUCCUUCGCCGGAGACAGCAGCAGCAACAUAGGCGCCGAGGAAAAUUACGCUAAGGCGUUUUUUCUGUUUUGGAGCGGCUGAAUUUAAGAAUUGAUGUGAAGUAAUAUACGUAUUCACUGACAAAUUGAAUUGGGGGAAAGCCACGUUUCUAGGGAUUUUGUUGAUUUACAAUCCUCUGUAUCUCGGAACUUCAAUUCAAUUCACCUUAAAUUAGGAUAAGAUGGAUUCCAAAGCGUUGGCGAAAUCGAAAAGAGCUCAUUCUCUGCAUCAUAAGAAGAAGCACCAUUCACACCACGGGUCGAAAGUGCCUUCACCUUCAGUUGGUUCGGAUGCUGCGAAGAAGACUAGUGAAGGACCUGAGAAAUCUCAGGGUCAGCAGACUAAAGAGAGAACUCCGCAACGUCAAGGCUCGAGGGCACUUCCUUCGAAUUGGAAUCGCUAUGACGAUGAUGAAGAUUUGGAUUCUGCAUCUGGAAAUGCACAGGCGAGCUCGAGUCAGUUAGCUGAGUUUGUGAUGCCUAAGAGUAAAGGUGCGGGUUAUGCUCACAUGAUUUCAGAGGCAAAGGCUCAAUCUCAGCCGCAUUAUUCUUCAGAUGAUUUGCCUCUGCUCGAUGAUUUCAUUGGCGACUUUAUGCAGGAUUUUGGUCCAAUGCUGGCUGCCAAGGGGCAAAGCAUGCUCUCGUGGACUGCGGAUGAUAGUUUUGAGUUUGAAGACAAGGCAAGCAUCGCACCUCAGCCACCAUUUCUUUCCCUUAAUCUAGAUGCACUUGCCGAACAACUUGCAAAAGCAAAGCUGUCAGAGAGGUUAUAUCUACAAUCAGACCUUUUACUCGUGGAGCAGCUAGACGAGGCAUGCGAUGAAGACGAACAUAAUCCUCAAACUCUUGCAUCGUCUUCAUCCCUCACUAAUGAUCAGGCAGUAACCACCACAGGAGAUCUUCUUGUUCAAACCUCUGAAGAACCGUAUCCUACAAAGAAAACGACAGAUCAGAUCUUGCAGCCGCAAGCAACCAACAGAAGCAUUUCGCCAAAGCCAGUUUCUGAACACCCUGCAGAUUCCAGCUCCGGGAAGCCAUCCACAUUUGAGGCAGCCACUGCAGAAGCAGAACUUGACAUGCUUCUGAACUCAUUCGGCGAGGCUCCAGUUCCUGAGGAGUCGGGUGGAAGCAUUCCGUUGACUGGCGAUGCUGUUGAUAUUCUUAUUGAGGAAACUUCGAGUUUUACCAUUGCAGACCAGCAGAUACCGCAAGUGUCCAAGGCACACAUUGCAACUAUAUCAUCCAGUAAGAAUCCAACAUCAAAAUCUGAAUUUUUUGAUGAUUUUGAUUCAUGGUUAGAUACCAUUUAAUGUUUUUUCAAAAUGCAAACAACAAGGCUGUCUUUGUUGUAACCUUAUUUUGUUUGUUCGGUUUUCUUAAAUAUCCUUUAGAUGUUGUCGAGCUAAUGUAAAGGCUAACUAUCAAUUCCAAGUCAGGAUUGAAUGAUUUCUCUAUGGUUUACAAUUUAUUGUAUGCA